CGGGUAGGGGCGGGGAGAGCGAGCCUCGGGGACCCCAUUGCCUCUGUUCUUCUUUCCCCGUCACCGGACGCUGCCUUCUCAUUGUCUCCACUUGUUUGUAGCUCACAAGAAUAUUCCAAACUGGCCACCUGCAUAUCUCCCUCCCGCAUCCCAAUCCUUCCACCCCUGUUAUUUCUCCUUGCCUGGCUCAGGCCUUUUCUCAUUACGCCGGUCCUCAGGCCAUCGUCAAAUAAGUCUCUGUAUGCUUCUCUCUCUCAUGUGUCCCGUAAGUCUCCCUGACGCUCCCUCGUCUUCCUUUUCAUCUCCAUCUCAGACGUGCUCCGUCCCGCAUUUACCUAGGGUGAGAUUCUAACCAUCCUUUCCAGAAAAUAAGUGCUCUUCAACUCAUUUCGACUUACUUCUAGUAAAAAUGAAGCGUAGAGCAGAUUCUGAAUAUAGCAGCCCCCAGAAGAGGCAGAAGAAAAGGAUAGAAGAAUUGGGUCUAACGCUCAGCUCCACAUCAGAUGAUGAAACUCAGCUUAGUAAUCAUGUAACUCAAGAGUCUUCCACCACAAGCAGCAGUGAAUCUGACAGUGAGAGCAAUGAGAGGCGACCUGUCCUUGGCUCUUUCAGCAAUAAGUUCAGCGCAGAUUCUCUUGUGGAGGGCACGUCCUCCCGCUACUCUAUGUAUAACAGUGUGUCCCAGAAACUCAUGGCCAAGAUGGGUUUUCGAGAAGGUGAAGGUCUCGGAAAAUAUGGCCAGGGGAGGCAAGAGAUCAUUGAGGCUUCAAAACAGAAAGGAAGACGAGGUUUGGGGCUGACGCUGAAAGGAUUUGAUGGAGAGGUGAACAUCAACUGGCAGGAUGAGCCAGAGGCUAGUGCUUAUGAGCAAGUGGAAUGGUUCCCAGAAUGUACCACUGAAAUUCCAGAUGCUGAGGAGAUGAAGGAUUGGAUGACCAUAGGGAAGAGAAAACUGGUGAUUGAUGAUGAAACACAAUUCUGUGGAGAAGAACUCCUGCAGAAUAUGCUUCAGUGCAAGAAUGUGUUUGAUGAGCUAGAUGGAGAGGAAAUGCGCCGAGCUCGUACAAGGUCCAACCCCUAUGAGAUUAUCCGUGGAGUCUUCUUCCUAAACAGAGCAGCAAUGAAGAUGGCAAACAUAGACUAUGUCUUCGACCACAUGUUUACAAAUCCAAAGAAUUCUCGAGGGAAACCCUUAAUCAAAGAACGCGAUGCAGAACUCCUGUACUUUGCUGAUGUAUGUGCUGGCCCUGGUGGCUUCUCAGAGUACGUCCUCUGGAGGAAGAAGUGGCAUGCAAAAGGUUUUGGCAUGACCUUAAAAGGACCAAAUGAUUUCAAACUGGAGGAUUUCUUUGCUGCUUCCAGUGAACUCUUUGAACCUUACUAUGGUGAAGGAGGAAUUGAAGGAGAUGGAGACAUCACCCGUCCUGAGAACAUCACUGCCUUCCAGAAUUUUGUGCUAGACAACACAGAUCGCAAGGGGGUACAUUUCUUGAUGGCUGAUGGGGGUUUUUCUGUAGAGGGGCAGGAAAACAUCCAAGAGAUUCUAAGCAAACAGCUGACUCUUUGCCAGUUCCUCACAGGACUCUCUGUUAUACGAACAGGAGGGCACUUUGUCUGCAAAACGUUUGACCUGUUCACUCCAUUCAGUGUUGGCCUAGUAUACUUGCUAUACUGCUGUUUUGAGCGCGUGUCAAUCUUCAAACCUGUGACAAGCCGUCCUGCCAAUUCUGAGAGGUAUGUGGUAUGCAAAGGACUGAAGUCUGGAAUUGAUGAGGUGAAAGACUAUCUCUUCACAGUGAACAUCAAACUCAACCAGCUACGUAGCACAGACCAGGAUGUUAACCUUGUAGUUCCCUUGGAAGUAAUCAAUAGUGACCAUGAUUUUCAUGAUUACAUAAUACGAUCAAAUGAAAGGCUCUCUGCUGUUCAAAUCAAAGCAUUGGCAAAAAUCCGUGCCUUUGUUCAAAACACGACCUUGAACGAACCACGGCAGGCUGAUAUUCGAAAGGAAUGCCUCCGACUCUGGGGGAUUCCAGACCAGGCCCGAGUUGCUCCAUCCUCUUCCGAUCCCAAGUCCAAAUUCUUUGAACUAAUUCAGGGUGCUGACAUAGAGAUCUUCAGUUACAAACCAACACCCCUCAACUCAAAAACCUUGGAAAAAAUCCGUCCAGUGAUGGAUUACAGAUGUAUGGUAUCAGGAAGUGAACAGAAGUUCCUUCUAGCACUAGGGAAGUCUCAGAUAUACACUUGGGCUGGUCGCCCAUCAGAUCGCUGGACCAAACUGGACUUGAAAACAGAAUUGCCACGGGACACUCUUCUGUCUGUGGAGAUUGUUCAUGAGCUAAAAGGAGAGGGAAAAGCACAGCGAAAAAUUAAUGCCAUUCACAUCCUGGAUGCCUUGGUGAUAAAUGGCAGUGAUGUCCAAGAGCAACAUUUCAAUCAGCGAAUUCAGCUAGCAGAGAAGUUUGUAAAAGCGGUCUCUAAACCUAGCCGACCAGAUAUGAACCCCAUCCGAGUGAAGGAGGUGUACAGGCUAGAGGACAUGGAAAAGAUUUUUCUAAGGUUAGAGAUGAAGAUCAUCAAGAGCUCGGGUGGAAUACCACGGCUGUCCUACACUGGCCGUGAUGACAGGCACUUUGUCCCUACAGGACUGUGCAUCGUUCGGACUGUCAGUGAUCCCUGGACCAUGGCAUUCAGCAAAAAUUCUAACAAGAAAUUUUUCUAUAACAAGACAACACAACAAUCCACAUAUGAAUUGCCUCCAGAAUCUGUUGCACCAUUUCAAAUUUGCUACUUCAGUCGCCUCUUCUGGGAGUGGGGGGACGGUGUCAAAGUGCAUGAUUCUCAAAAAAGGGACGAUCCGGAGAAACUGUCCAAAGAAGCUGUCUUAUCCUUCAUCAGAGUCCACUCACCCUAUGACCAGCCUCUCAUCAGGUCCUGGGGGACAGGGAAUGAGUCUGCGCUGGAAUCUUCAGCAGCUGAUUAGAAUGAGUUUCUUCCAGCAACUUACAGUGAGCCAUUGAGGAAAACUGUGGUCAAGAAGGCCUGAUUGGGUGGUAGGGGACUCAAAGCAUAACAAAUGCGAAAUGGCUUUGGACUGUAAGCUAGCACUGUACAUAAGUAUCUGUUCCAGACAGUUUAUCCAGCAAAUACCACAGAGGUAAGACUCCUGGAGCAGAGGACAUUCUUCUGGAUUGAUCCCCCACCAUAUCUUUCUAGAGCUUUUCCCACCUGUGCUACGAACACCUGGCAUCUGGGCUCCUGUAGCAGAUAGCAUAGAAAACAAGAAGGUGCACACAGCUCUGCAGUAGCACCCGUGAGAGUGGGAGACCCUGUGGCUGCGAAGAUGGGGGAGAUGUGGCCAGAGGGCAGAGUGGGCUUUUAAAGGCCUCACUUUGUCUUUUGGUGCCUCUCUUCAUUAGGAGCCUGGUGUGAAUUCACUGGAAUGUUCUGACUGUUGUAGUACUUGUCUCCUUAGGCUUGUGCCUAGGGAGUUCUGGGUGCUGGUGUCUUACUGGGAAGAAGCCAGACAAAUGGAGGUCUUGAUUGUAGUGGUUUAAGUAUACUGCCAACAGUGACUUGUAAUUGCUAAAAGCUGGAUUUCAUGCUUCUAUGCAAAGUAAGUCUAUUAUGCUCUUUCUCACUCUUCACUUUCAAGAAUGUAAAGGGACCACCCCAAGCAGUUCCAUUUUUGAAAUCCUCAGGCUGUUUUAGACCUAGAAAGAUGUCUUGCCUUUGUCUCUGCUGGAGGCAUACCUAGUGGUUUUCCUUAAUUCAGUGUUGGGGAGGUUUGGAAUUUGGAGGGCUGGUAGCCUCUGAGAAGCAUGUGGAUUGAUUGAAAGAUAGGAAACCACCUGGAUUUGAUCCUUCCUGUGUAACAACCAGCGUUCUUCUAAAGAGAUCACUUUCUCUUGGCCUUUUAAAUUCUUAAAAUAGGCAUGGAAAACUUUUAUAUGUUUAGAUCAGAAAUUCUGGAGUGAAGGCACAGAACCAUGACUGGGGAAGGGAUCUUUUGUCUUCUCUGAUAACCAUGAAAAUAACCUCUGCUUUUCUGAACUAUAUUUCAGCACUUGGGUUUUUGCGUGCUGAGAAAAGACUAGCUUGAAAGAGCAUGAUUGCAUAUUCCCCAUGUUGUUGACUUGACUUGGUAUCUAAGAAAAUCUUUGCUCUGUUUUAUAAUGGGAGCCAACAAUUAAUACACACCAAAAGGCUCUGGCCACUGUAAGUCACUGAAGUAUUUGCACAUGUUGGCAAGAAGGGACAGUGUUGAACAGGGGUGGGGGUUGCCUAGGUUUGUGUCUUGAGAAAUCUGUGAAACUUUCUGUAACUGAAGGCACCGUCCAAGUCUCAGCCCUCUUCAUAUCAAAGCACCCAGAACAGGAAUUCAGCUGUGGGGAGGGUACAAAGUAAAGCAUCACCACCCAAUGUAGGCAAUCCAGAGCCCAUUUUAAUUCUACACAAACCCUUAUAAGCCGCCUUAUAAGUAGCACUUAAAUCUUGUGCUUGUUUUUGUGUUUAAGUAUAGCCUUCAAGCUUGAUGUUGUUCAACCACAAGGUUAAUAUACAUCCAUACUUCAUUUAUAACAGUCAUAGUAGUUGCCUAGCUUAAUCAAGGCUUUGUGUCAGUGGAACUUGUUUCUAGGUUCCUUUACUGGAAUAUGGUAAUAGUGGUUCUAGUUUUUUGUUUAAAACUCAAAGGCUGAAGAUUUCAUUGAUCAGGCAUGCAGAGGAGGCCACUUAAUAAAAUGGGGGAUCAUCAGUUAGGGCCAGUGUGCAGUGCCAACACCAAGGUUAUGCUUUCAGGGUGACUGUGGCAGUAACAGGGCAGGUUUCAGAUCAAAAUUGCCUUCCCUGUAUGGGAUCAUUCUCUCUCUUAAUGACUGGGCAAAACAUAGGGUAGUGCUUGACAUCAACUAAUAAAGGGAUGUUUUAUUUCAAAUGAGAAGGGACAAAGGUGAAUAAACCAGCUCUGACACCUCUAAUUUGAACUUCAUGGUGUUUGUUUUAAAAAAAUUAUUUGUUUUAAGGAGCCAUAUGGUAUGUUUGAGCCGUCUUCUCCCAUGAGCCUAAUAUGAUUUGGCAGAUAAAACUAAUGAGACACAUAGCUUUUGGUCCUGACUUUAAUUAACAGUGGGCGUUCUUGAUUUCUCAGGACCAUGUGCCUAGCUCAGGACCUCCUUGCAUGCUUGUAUAGAAUAUUUCAGAAAUAAGGUACUAUCAUAAGACCAGGCUUCCUCUGAUUUUAGUCUGCAUUAUUUCAUGGCAGUCAGUAGAGGCAGGAUGUGUACUGGGGGGAUACAGUGAUUUCAGAAACGUCUAUCCUCACUUAAUUCACCUAUGCUACAACUAUUUUUCUAUUGCCAUGGGACAGGUAAUGUCUUUUUAUGCUAAUGCCAUCUUGGGGUCAAGUUUCUUCCAUUCAAACUAUACUUUGAGUCUCCAGCUUUUCCAGGCAUUGCAAAAUAACUGUUUAAAGGCUGUAUGCCUGACCCUAAUGAAAAUUGUAAUAGCUUAAUUCCAGUAUUGGAGAAUAGUCUCACUUUGAUAGUUCAGAGCAGAAAUGCCCUUACCAUGGAGGUGCAUUCGAAAGAUUGGGUCUGCUCUUGUGGAUAAUUCAACCUGCUAUUGCCUGUUCUCUUACCAGUCCAUGGGGAAAGGUCAGAAAUACCUUGUUGAAAGGAAUGUUUAAUGUGUUCUGUGAAGCUGUGUAUCUUUUGUGUAUGUUCCUCUUCCCUUUUUGUCUGUGCAUUGCCAAUACAAUCCUUAUAAUUCAGAAA